GUUAUUUUACAUUCUCAAUGUCUCUGAAAAUGAUUUGGAUUGACUACUGCGAAAAUGGUUCAAUACAUGGUUUGAGACAUGUUGUACAAAAAAAUGGAAGAUCAUGGGAGAGGUUCCUGUGGAUUUUGUUGUUGAUUAUUGCUAGCAUCAUAAUUAUAGUUUUAGUAUCAUCAUCAUGGGAAAAGUAUUCUUAUUCUUUAAUGGAAGUCGUCAUUGAUAAUCCUCGCUAUCCACUCAACUACAUUGAUUUUCCUGCAGUUACUAUUUGCCCAAUCAACAAAAUAAUGUAUUCCAAGGCUCUCAGCUUAGUGCUCAAUAAAUAUUCUAACGAUUCGGACAUGAAAACCAAAUGGUCGAACUCCCUUCAAGUUUUCGGAAGGAUGAGAUUCCCGCAAAACACGAAUCUACAUUUUUUUCUACAGAACAGGUCCGUGGUGCACAUACCGCUGGACGAUAUAUCCGACAUCAUGUUGAAAUUGGCUCCGACCAUCGAGGAUAUAUUUCACAAGUGUUUUUGGCGAGGUAUAGCGUACAGAUGUGUUGAUAUCCUGCGGUUUCAACGCACCGAAGAAGGAUUUUGUUAUUCGUUCAACAGCAAGACGGCCAAGAGGAAUAUCAAAGUCGACAAUAUUAUCAACCCUCCGUUUAUCGGGAAAGAAGGAGAACUUUUUCCAAUAAGAAACAACGCCGCAGGUGAAAGGACGGGACUAAAACUUGUCAUGUACAAUAUGAGCAACGAGUUCUUUCCCGAUGACGAGCGCAGGAGGGGAUACAAUGUGAUGGUGCACACGCCCGAAACGUUCCCGGACGUGUCGACCGGUUACAAGUUGCACGCGGCGCACGAUCGCAUCUAUCGGAUAUCGGUGAGCGUGGCCCAGGUGAAGGCGGACGAUUCGCUAAACCGCCUCAGCAAGCACAACCGAUACUGUUACAUGUACGGCGCGAAAACGAUGGACGACCUUCCGGAGUUCGCGAGCGAAAACGAGGACACGUGUUACAGCGAUUGCCGACUGAAGACCGUCUACGACAAGUGCAACUGCACGCAGUACUUUUUCGAACCGUACAAAGGCCUUGGAACUCAUUGUGGAAUUCAACACAUACCGUGUUUGAUUGUUAACGAUGUAAUUCAACGGAACCCAACGGCUCCGAUAGAUGAACCAGGGUUUUUCGAAUGGAGCAUACCAGUGUCCAUGAACUGCAGUUGCCCAUCACCGUGUUCGUUUAUCGAGUAUACAACCGAGCUUCAACAUGACGUAAGAUCAUUUAUUAACACAAAAGUUUUGUCUACGAGAUACAUGGUUGACGUGGAAGUGAAUUAUAGAGAAUUGUUUGCUACGAGCUACCGACGGUCCAUGAAAUACAAUACGCAAGACUUGUUAGUAUCGUUUGGAGGAGUAGCCAGUCUGUUUCUCGGUUGUAGUCUAGUCAGCAUAGUGGAAAUCUUUUACGUAAUCUACAAAACUUCUGUGGAGCUCUUGCAGAAACACUGCUGUGAAACGUGUUACAUGGAAGAAUCAGACUCUGAGACGCCGCAACAUCCAUUUACCAAUUAAACUGUUUUCCAUAAUCUUUCCGCCUUUAAAUUGUAGAUCUAGAGUUAUAAAAUGUUUGUCAUAAGAUGCGUAUUUUAGUUUAUGUAGCGAUGUA